AUGACCGUCCCAGUAGCAGGCAGAGGACCUCAGGUCGUUGGCGUUUACUCUCUAUUUAUUGCACUGACCACCUUGACCGCCGUCUUACGUGUGUACUGUCGCACCUUCAUUAUCAAGAAAUUUGGAGUGGAUGACUGGUUCGCGGUUUUUGGCUGGGCCAUCUUUAUACUCUUCUCAACCUUCGCGAUCAAGGGCGUGCAUCAUGGUACCGGCCAACAUGCGAAGAACAUUAUACCACCAACCGAAAUCCCAGUCGGAAUCAAGUGGUGGUGGCUCUGCGAGCCUGUAUACGUAUUGUCGAAUAUGUGCAUCAAGGCGUCGAUUGCCAUCAUGCUUCUUCGUCUAACUGUCAUCCGCACGCACCGCAUCAUCAUCUGGAUCACCCUCACGGUCACCGAGCUCUACAGCGGCUUCUUCUUCUUCCUCUUCGUCUUCCAGUGUCGUCCUUCCUCGUAUUUCUGGGAGCAGUACACCGGCGGCACCGGAAGCUGCAUCGACCCUAGCAUCACCAUCAAUGCGGUCUACGCCUAUUCGGCCAUCACUUGCGCCACCGACUGGACCUUCGCGAUCCUGCCGUACUUUCUCGUAUGGAAGCUGCAAAUGAACUUCCGCACCAAGGCUGUCGUGGCCCUCAUUCUCUCCAUGGGUGCAAUUGCCUCCACCGCCACCAUCAUCCGCAUCCCCUACGUCCACACGCUCGGCGACGUUGAAGACUUUCUCUACGCCACCACCGACGUCGCCAUCUGGUCCUGCGUCGAGACGGGUCUUGGUAUCACAGCCGCCUGCCUCGCCACGCUACGGCCGCUCUUCCGCAGCUGGCUCGGCAACUCGAAUCUCGGCUCCAGCCAUGCUCGCCGCCAGGCUGGCAACCCCGGCGCCGCGGCGGGCCUCGAGGCUGGUGGCCGGAAUAGGAAUAUGCGCAAAGGCCGCAGACGUGGCUCAUCGACGGGACUGGAGGAGAUGAAUCUGGGGAUCCGCAAGACCACGCGAGUGAGCGUCGACGAGUUCAAGCAUUGGGACACAGUGGCGAAAGACGUGGAAGAGGAUCGCGAGAGCAACAAGAGCGAGACGAGCCGGACGGAUAUCACGAGGGGGCUCACGCGGCCAGAGAGUGCUGUUUGUCCAUGGGACUCUAGGAAUGUGAUGCCGGAUGGGGAGAGGUCACGAGGCCUAAGUGAGGUGGGAAGUGCGUGGGCAGGAGGAAGGGUGCAACGGUAG